AUGGCGCCGCUGUCUAUUAUCGAUAGCCACAUCCAUCUCUGGCCGGAGAGCAUGGCCAACGAACAAGGUCACGCAUGGAUGACUCCGGGUAUGCCACUGGCCAAACCACAAAUUCCAGAAGAUUACUUUCGAGCAUCAGAACAACAACAAGAAGAACAACAAGAACAACAACAACAAGAAAAAGAAGAAGAAGACGAGCCAUGUUCAUCAUCAAAACCAAUCCUCAAAGGCAUCAUAUACGUCGAAACCGACGUCCGCUACUCCACCCCCCCUCCAGCAACCCCCACCCCUCCAACAAUCUCCUCCCUCCAAUCCUGGACGCGCGGCCCCCUCCAAGAAAUCCAAUUCCUCCGCUCCAUCAUAACCGGCUCCUACGGCACUCACGCCAGCGCCAAACUCCUCGGAAUCGUCGCCUGGGCACCCAUGACGCAAGCACCGCUCAUCCUCUCACAAUGGCUCCAACUGGUGCAGGACGAAGCCGGAGAACAAACCUGGCUUCGAAUUAAAGGUUUUAGAUAUCUUUUCCAAUUUAUUUCCGAGAAAGAAAUAUUUGAGAAAGUCGUAGUGAGGAAUGAGAAUUUUGUUGAGAAUUUGGAGAUUUUGGGUCAGAGGGGUUUGGUGUUUGAUGUGGGAGUGGAUCAACGAUCGGGUGGGAUUUGGCAGUUGGAGGGGAUGGUGAGGGUGAUGCAGAAGGUGUGGGCGAGGGGGGAGGAGAAGGGAGUUCCUGUGGGGGAGAGGGUGGUGUUUGUGAUUAAUCAUUUUUGUAAGCCGAGUUUUUUUCGAGAUGGAGAAGAUGACGAAGGAGAAGAAGAAGCAGCAGCAGGGAAAAAGGGAAGAGAAGGGGAAUUUCAGGCGUGGAAAAAUGCAGUGACGAGCAUGGCAAAAUGUCCGAAUACGUAUAUGAAACUUUCGGGGGCGUUUAGUGAAUUGCCGGAACAUGUUCUAAAAGGGGGGGAUUGCGAUGCCAUAGCGAGAUACAUGAUGCCGUGGGUCGACGUAGUAUUGAGUGCAUUCGGUCCGGAGAGAGUCAUGUUUGGGAGUGAUUGGCCCGUGUGUAAUCUGCGAGGGCCAGCGGGAGAGCGCUCAUGGCCGGUAUGGAAAAAUGUGGUUUCCCGACUGCUCGAAUCCUGCAUAUAUCAAGGCACUCUUCUCACCGACCAGCAGAAAUCAUUAGUGUGGAGUGGGACUGCUCAGCGGGCUUAUCGCUUGGCCUGA